GAAGAAAUGAAAGAAAGAGAGGCGUGAAAGGGUUACAGAUAAAAUCUCCUUCCUUUGCUUGUUUAUUUUGGGGGCUCUCUCUCUCUCUCUCUCUCUCUCUCUAGAAGUGCAGAGAUUAAAAGGUGUGUAGUCUAGAGAGAGAAACAGCAAAAGACAUGUUAGAAAACCUCACAUUCGUCUAUUUCUUUUCUUUAAGAUAAUGAAUUGGAGCUUCUUACAUCUACUUACCACAAGAAGAUGAAAAACGAGAAUGUGUGUUCUGAAAACCCUGCAUUUUCUUUCGAUGAUUGUCUUUUAUGUGAUGAGCAAGAAAACGAUUUGGAUUUUGGAUGUGGGUUUGGGUUUGGUUUAUUUGAACAACAAAUUCAAAUCGUGAAACAAAAAGCUCAUCUUUUUACCCAUUUUGAACAUGAUCUGUUGUGGGAAGAAGACGAGCUUGCUUCUCUUUUGUCUAAAGAGAAAAAUCUUGUUUCAGAAGAAGGGGAUUUGUUCAGUGAUAGGGUUUUACUAGGUUUAAGGAAAGAAUCUGUCGAUUGGAUGAUUAGGGUUAGUACCCAUUACGGAUUUGUUGCUAUGACAACCAUUUUGGCUGUUAAUUACUUCGAUAGAUUCCUGUUGAGCGAUUCUUUCCAGAAAGAUAAGCCAUGGAUGAAUCAGUUAGCUGCAGUCGCUUGUCUUUCUCUAGCUUCUAAAGUUGAAGAAAUCCAUACCCCUCUUCUCUUGGACCUCCAAGUCGAAGGAUCAAAAUACGUAUUCGAAUCCAAGACUAUAAUGAAAAUGGAGCUUUUAGUGCUUUCGUCUCUUCAAUGGAAGAUGAAUCCAGUAACCCCACUUGCAAUCUUCGAUUACACAAUGAGGAGGCUUGGUUUAAUCACUCAUCAUCUUCAUUCAGAGUUCAUGAACAGAUGCGAAAGAUUUGCUCUUGCUGUCGUCAAUGAUUCAAGGUCUCUGGUUUAUCUUCCAUCUGUAAUGUCCACUGCUAUAAUGUUUCUUGUGUUCAAAGAAGUUGAUCCUGACAACUCACUAGAUUAUCAAGAACGAUUCAAAGGUUUUCUUGAAAUUAACGAGGAAAAGAUAGAGGAGUGUUCUAAUUUCAUCCUGGAAGUAUCAGAAACUCAAGCAGAGAGAGCUCUAAUGAUUCAUGGGCAAUUUCAUCAUCUGUUUCAUCUUCACCAGAACCUGUUUUCAAGAAGAAUCGAGUUCAGGAACAACAAAUGA